AUGCCUCAUUCAGCUGUAGUAAGAUCGGAUAGGGACAGUACGAAAGUCAGAUUGGUUUUCGAUGCAUCGUCAAAAGGUAAUGGGUGCAAAUCUCUUAAUGAAUGCUUGAAUCCUGGGCCACCGUUGAAUCCCAGAAUUUUGGAUGUAAUCUUGCGAUUUCGCGAAUAUGAAUAUGCAUUCAGCUGUGAUAUUCAGGGAACAUUUUUGACCAUAGGAAUAGCGGAAGAGGAUGGAGACUAUUUACGUUUUUUCUGGUUUCCAGAUGAAAGUGAUUCAAAAACUUACAAGAUUUUACGAAUGACUCGCGUUCCCUUUGGAGUGACAUCAAGCCCAUUUAUCCUUGCUGCGACUAUUAAAUACCACAUUAGAAAAUAUAAACUUGAACAAAGCGAAACUUGUGAAAUGCUUGACUCGGCACUUUAUGUAGAUGAUCUUUUUUACGGAGCAAAUACAAUAGAGAACUUUCACAGAGCGCUGUAA